AUGGAGUGUGCCUACUCGGUCAGUGAUCGCUUCAGACGCGACUUCUCCCUCACCCCAUUCACUUUCGCGGUCGGUGUAAUGGUUGGCGAAUAUUGUCAGCUUUACACGAGUAAAGUAUCACGACAACAGAUCUCUGAAUCUCACCGUCGGGCUGCUAUGAUCCUCAUAUUGCGGCUCAUCCAUAGCUCUGAGAAAUCUUGUGCGGAGCUCCUGGAUGAUUGCCUCAAAGAACUACCAGAAACGGUGCACUCGCGGACACUCCAGGAACUCGCACACUUCCGAAGAGGAAACGUGAACGCGAUUUUCCAGAAAACAAGGAGCUUCGAAAAGUUCUUCGCGGGAAGCGAGGACGCUGAUUACAGUAAAAUUCAUAAGAAUUCGGUAACCGGGAUGUUCCUCCGCAAGCUGAUUCUAGCGAUCAAUACCUUGGAUUUUACAGCUCAAACGCAGUUUUCAAUGAUGGUUCAAGAGUACGUCGCCAAAGCAGUCGAUCACGAUCGGCCACUCACUAACGAAGUAGCCGACGCUCCAAUGUCGGAGGUCGGUACGAAAGAAGAUACCGGGGGCUCAUCGUCUACACAUAACGAAUCGACAGAUCUGGAGUCUUCCGGCGCCGCCGAGCUGAAGUCCUCAUCGGCAAACGAUAUUUCCGGACUGGCCUAUGGAAGAGACAGCGCUCGGGCCUUUUUGAGACAACAGGGACAAAGGUUGAGGGAUAAUCCCGCGUCCGCCUUGCCGCCGAGAGAACUCAAUCGUGAGAUUCUGAAAAUACUCUGCAACAACCCUGACAUGGCGGAGGCCUACUAUGUGUCGUUCAUGAGCAAUCUUUUCUUCGGAGAAUACGUUUCCGCGAUCGGGGACUGUCACAAGCACUUCUUGUUGAAGAGGGAUAUCGCAGGGAAGAAGUUCCGAUACGCCUUACUGAACUUGGCGAUCAUUCACAAAAGGUUUGGACACGAAAAAGAGGCGGAGCUCGCUUUGCGUGAAAGCAUCGAUCUCUCCCAGCAAGCUGGUGAUCAUGAAUGUCUUGAGCAGGCUCUCUUGUGGUUGAGCAGGACGAAUCAGAACGAUAUGUCCUCGGCUGUAGAGAACUCGGUUCUCCAUGGCGGGCAGCAGCAGCGCUUGUGGUUGUUAUUCACUCUGGGGCUGCAAACUUUGUCGAAGUUAGGCAUCCUCACGGGACGUUUCCCUAGCUCGUGUUUAGAGAAACUUGCGGGAAAACACGUUGAGAACUGCGGAUCGCCUGCAGCGCUCAUGAGCUUCGGUAUGAGCGCUGCUAUUUUAUGGAUCAGCUAUGGGUUACAUCAGAACGCGAAACUACAUUGUGAAAUGGUUCUGCACCUUUGCUAUACAGAGAUCAAUCCGCGUCAUGAAGACUGGAUUUUCAUCAACGAAAGCGUGAUAUUAGCGUUCGUGUUCUGCUCUCGAUACGCAAUACAGGACUACGAUUAUGUGACAGCGGGCACCUUAUUGGAAAUCGCCGAUUCGCUCGUUCCGCCUUUCUCAGAGCUCCGAAAGGCCGUAGAUAUCGCCAAGUUGUGCAAUGAGUGCGAGAGUAAUCUUCAUAAAGAUCGCUUCUCCGAAUGUAGGGCUUCGAUCGACGCACUCGCUCUGUUAUCACCGGCUGACGCCGAACUGUACAAAGUCAGGAUGUAUCAGCACUUGGGAAACUAUGAGAGAGCGAUCAAACUCAUCAACGGGUUUCCUCCGACAUCUGUUGAGAAUUCGGGCUCCUACGGGAGCGUUAUCCAGUUUCUUCUGAAAUCGCGCGUCCUGAUCGAUAUCGACUCGGAUAACUCGUUCCAGUGCAUAUUGGAGGGGCUCGCUCUCUGUGAGCGGUAUAAUUUACGCUACUUGGAAUGCAUGUUCAAACUCGAACUCGUGCGAGCGCGGAGUCGGAGGAACUUCUCGAAACCAUCGCUGAAAUCGAGUCUUGACUCUGUAACACCCAUGAUCCUCGCUCAUGGAUCCAAAGACGACAAACUCCUACUACGAAGCGUUCGGGCAGAGAUAUCAGAGAAUGAUAGAGCGAUCGAGGAUAUGAUCUCUUGUUAUGAAGAAUGGAAUUUUUUCGGAGAUGUCCAGCGAUCGAAAGUCGCGCUCAACUUCAUCGCGAGGAAAUGUCAUGAGAUCGGAGACAGAGCCCGACGGAAUCAUUAUGCGAAAUUGUUCAGGAUCCUAGUGACUAAAACGAAGUAGAAUCGGUACCUUGCUCCGAAAAGCUUUCGGGGGUAAUAAUAUAUUGCGUGGUGGAGCGACCUCGAUCCUCCGAAGUUGUGCAGACGUCUCCUUGAGCGGAAUAAAAUGUUCGUCGUUGUUUCGCUGAUGCAGGUGUC